GAAAUGGAUUUUCAAUCUGACUUGAGUAAGCUGCUUCCUCUAAGUGAAGUUCAUUAUUGAUUUGGACUGCCCUGCUAUAUAAAACGGCACAGGCACCGCUGCGUUCUUUCCACUAAGAGGACAAGAUGAGUUACGGAUCGGAUCUCUACAUCUCCUCCUCUUACAGGAAGAUUUUUGGGGAUACCCCCCGCUACUCACCCUCCCCAUCCAGACUGGGUACCAGCUCCAAUUCUCGGAGCUCCAUCUCUUCCAGCAGCUUCAGGUCCCAGUCUCUUUCCAGGAGCAACGCCUCCGUCCUGGGAUCUUCCUACAGGAGGACGGGACGGUCUGCAUUCUCCCACGUGUCCAGUGAAAACCCUGGUCUAACCCAAACCUUGGUCCUCAACGAUGAGUUCAAAAUCAUUCGGACCAACGAGAAACAGCAACUGCAGGGGCUCAAUGACAGGUUUGCAAUGUUCAUCGACAAGGUCCGUAACCUCGAGCAGCAGAAUAAGGUUCUGGAGACCGAAUUGGCUGCGCACAGGCAGCGGCAAACAGAGCCGUCCCGGUUAGCCGAGAUCUAUCAGCAAGAGAUCCGAGAGCUCCGAUCCCAGCUUGAGGAGAUCAACGGUGAAAAAUCACAGAUACUCAUCGAAAGGGAUAACAUUGAAGAGGACCUUCAGAAGCUAACAGCAAAGCACGAGGAAGAGAUCAGAGCCAGGGAAGAAGCCGAUCAAACCCUGAAGGUUUACAAGAAGGACGUGGACAACGCGACCAUGGUCAGGCUGGACCUGGAGAAGAAAGUGGAGUCCCUCCUGGAUGAGAUCUCCUUCCUCAGAAAGGUGCACGAGGAAGAGGUGACCGAGUUAAUGGCUAUGAUACAAGCUGCCCAAGUAUCGGUGGAGAUGGAAGUGAGCAAGCCUGACCUCACCUCUGCGCUGAAGGAGAUUCGCAGUCAGUACGAGUCCCUGGCAUCCAAAAACCUGCAGUCUGCCGAGGAGUGGUACAAAUCCAAGUUCGCUAACCUGAACGAACAGGCGGUCAAGAACAACGGCGCGAUCCGGGCGAGCAGGGAGGAGAUCAGCGAGUUUAGAAGGCAGCUUCAGUCCAGGACCAUUGAAAUCGAAAGUCUUCGGGGCACCAACGAGUCUCUGGAAAGGCAGAUCCGGGAGAUGGAGGAGAGGCACAAUGAGGAGCUCUCCGGAUUCCAGGAUGUCAUUGGCCAGCUAGAGAACGAGCUGGGGAGCACUAAGAACGAGAUGGCUCGCCAUUUGAGGGAAUACCAGGACCUCCUUAAUGUCAAGAUGGCUCUGGACAUCGAGAUUGCAGCUUACAGGAAGCUGCUGGAAGGGGAGGAAACUCGUUUCAGUGCUGGGAUCAGCUUCCCUCCUCCCAGUAUGGGCCCCAGUCUGAGCUAUGGCUAUCAGACAAAGGUCUACACCAGCUCCUCCAAGGCAUCCUCCAAAAAGGAUCAGAAGGAGGAAGAGCCUCCCAAGGCAGCGCCAAAGGUGUCGACCCAGCAGGAGACCUUCGAGGAGAUCAUAGAGGAGACCGUCGUGUCCACGAAGAAGGUGGACAAAACCGACCAAGAGGGGGCAAACCAAAACAGCCAAAAAAACUAAACCAAGGACAAGAAUGACAAGGAAGUUUCAGAGAUGAAUUGUUUUGCAGCAUUCCCCAUAGCCCACCCAUUCCAAUAAAUUCCAUCCGUUUGCAUUUCCAAGAUGUUUCCCUCACCUUCCUUUCCAGUCACAACAUCCUUAUUUAUUGGACAGUGACACAACCCACCCUGUAGAAAACUAAGUAAGCACAAGUAAGAGGUGUAGCAACAUACUUCUGGCAGUCAAUACACACAUUUAAAUAUGCUUCAGGACCUUCAGAGACUAUAGCAUUUCUACCCAUUUACAGUAGCAAUCUGUAGGGCUCAACGCAGUAAAACAGCAAAGUGCAUAACUGAUCAUCCCAUGAAUAUUAUUCCAUGACUUUCUAUCAAGUCUGUUCCAUGCAAGGACAAAUAAAUCACUCUGGUCCUCUAAACUUGAGAACUGCACUAACACAUUCUACAAUGCCUGUAUCACUAUAUAAAAAUCAAUACAAGGUUUUUUCACAGCUAAAGCAUUUAGGCUCAGAAUCCUAGGAAUCACUUCUAAGGUAUGUGAUGUUAUCUUGCAAUCCAAUGUAUGAUUCCUCCCUGAAACCAGUCAUAUCAAACCAUUCAAAGCCAGUGUUGCUCUUCACCUUCUCUUUAAACAAAACAACACAAGAAACUAAAACAUUAUGUGCAUGUUGUGAUGUAAUGUUUGCAUGAUUCCUCAGUGUGGCUCAUUGACUGUAUUGUCACGUAACCAUAGUACUCUUUAGAUAGCCAUGUUGUCAGUCACUGGGUGAGAUUAAAAGAAAAACUAAACAGCUGUGAUCUCUUGUACACAACACUGCCACAGUAGUUUAAAAUCCUGGUCAGAGCAUGAGCUUGUGUUGUAAAUAACAUUCUGAACUGUAGUCCCUAGAUUGCAGGCCUCUCCGCUUAGCCUUAGCAUUGCAACUGGUAAAGACUACUUCAAAGAUAUCUUAGCCUCAAUGCAGUCUUGAAUUGUUCAGAAUCAUAUGUCCAGAAGGUUGUGCAUGUCUAAAAGAAACAUUGACAGAUUCUCCAAGGUAGUAGGCAAGGCUGAUCUGUAACAAAGAGGUCCCAUAACUUAAGAUCACAGGAUACCUUAAGGGGUUCACGUGUAAUAGAAUCAGACCACCACAUACAAAGAGCAGUCUUUUCCUUAACUAUCAGGUCAUGGCAGAAACAGUCCUCAGCAUUAGCUGCUUAUAUAUAUGCACACACACACACAGAAACACACCAUGUGUUAUAACAUAACUAAGUGUGCUGCUAUUCUAUGUGUGUGUUUUGAAAUACAUCAAUUUUGGCAUCCAAAUUUGCUAAGAAUAAAUUAACCACACAUCUACCAAUUGCAUCCACGUACAAACGAUUAUGAAAAACUGAAAAUCUACUGCCUAUUUGAAAUGUGUUCUUUUGGAUCUGACUUUACAUGGAUCAAAUACAUGCUGAGCCAAAUCCGUUGUGGUGCCACUUUUGAAAAUGCUAGCGGAUUUCAUCUCCUGCUCCAAGCCAUACACUGUAUCUGACCAAUGUUGUAUUUAAGCCUUAGUAUGUUUUUUGUAGACAAGUCUAGGUACACAAGAGUGAUAAGUGUUGCUUUAGAAAAAACUAACCACUAAGAUUACACUGCCAAACUUUUGUACAGUAUCUGUGGCCAGCUUUCAUUAUGACUAACUAUAAGAAAACACACAGACAAAACGUAAAAAACAUGCUCAGUGAAAUGCGGUAGGGUUUUUAAAUGCCUUAACAGCAGCAGCUUUCCGAGACCUGAAGAUCUGUGUGCCUGUUGUAUGGUACCGUUACGGGCGUGUGCUUAGUUCACCUGAAGUAGUAUGAAGUGAAUGAUAUUAGCACUAAAUGGAUAGUGAUUGAAAGUAGAUUCUCUUCUUAACCCCUUGUUCCUGUCUGCUGUAAAUAAAGAAUUGGCACAAAUA